CGCCGCACCAGAUCAGCGACCGACCGCGCCAGCGUCGCGCGCGCGCGCGGCACGUGAGAUCCUCACCCGCGCUCCCCAACGGCUAUAUUCCCCAUCAACCUCCUCUUCUUCUUCGCCUCGUCUCGUCUUCCCCUUAAAUCCCGCGCUUAAAUCCCCCUCGCCUCCCCCAUCUCCCGCUCCUCCCAUUCACCAACGGAUUCACUGUGUCAAACCUCCGAUCUCUGCAAUGGCAGCAACGGCGCAGGGCGGCGGCGGGGCGGUGUCCGUGCAGCACGUGGCGAGGGCGUCGUCGGACGAGCUCCUGCGCAAGUUCGCCGACCCGGACGCGCACGCCAAGCAGAUCACGCCGCCGCGGCGCAGCCUCGCGCUGCGGCGGAAGCGGUCGUCCAGGAGGGUGGCGUCGGGGCUCUCCGCGAGGGAUUUGGAGUCGGGGGCGGAGCUCGCGGCGCCCAAGCGGAGGCGGAGCAUCGGCGGGUCCACCGAGUGGAAGGCCGGGCUGCUGCUGCCGACGACCACCACGGCCUCCGCCCGCAAGGGAUCCGCCGCGAGCCACUCCCACCGGGGCGGGGCCGCGCGCCUCGAUGACGCCGCCGGGAUCGGCCUCCUCCUCGCCGCGUUGGAGCGGACAUGGAGGAAGACGGUGGCGGGGGCGUCGAAGAUGUUCGUGGAGAGGCACCGCACCAACCACGUGCUGCUCAUCAGCGACAUGGUCUGAGCUCUGAACUCUAAACUGAAGCCUCUGCCAUGACAGGUGGCCGAGCUGUGACUGAUUCUUCUCUCGUCAUCGAGCUCUCCUGCUCGGGUUGGUUAAUUGGUUUCCUUCGAAUUGAAUUCGUUUAUGACUGAUCGAUUCUACAGUUUAGCUAGAAUAAAAUGGCAGAAAAGAACAACACAAAAUUGAACUAGCUGUGUAGUUCAGGUAGAGUAGGUUCUUUGACUCCUGCCUCUGUGUUUGCUUUUAUUCACUCGUUGUUUCUUUAUACUCGGUUGAAUCAUCGUCUCGGCGACCACGUUGUAAAUUCAAGUUUGCAAUAUCAAUACCAGUGCUGUUCUUCUCAGAGAAAAUUCA